CGUCAUGACAUCAUAAUUUUCAGCCCCGCCCAGUCAGCUGUUCGGGACGGACCUAGCCGAGGCAGCUAACAGGAAAACCCAUUAAAAUACAGAUACUUGUACACGAUGGAUAAGAAUCCUACGCGGUACAAUGUGCAGCUGUACAUCUACGACCUGUCUCGAGGGAUGGCCCGCAGCCUCAGCCCCAUCAUGCUGGGAAAACAACUGGAUGGGAUAUGGCACACGGCUAUAGUGACGUACGGUGAUGAGUUCUUCUUCGGCGGGGAGGGGAUCUCCAGCUGUUCACCGGGUGGGACCAUGCUGGGACCUCCAGACACAGUCGUGGAGCUGGGUGAGACCGAAGUGUCCGAGGAAAUCUUCAUGGAAUACCUCUCCUCCCUGGGAGAGAGCACAUACAGAGGGGACAGGUAUCGUCUGUUUGAGCACAACUGCAACACCUUCACCAACGAGGUGGCUCAGUUCCUGACGGGCAGGACCAUCCCCUCCUACAUCACCGACCUUCCGUCCGAAGUCCUCUCCACACCAUUCGGCCAAAUACUGCGGCCCAUCCUGGACUCGAUCCACAUCGCACCACCAGGGGGCAACGUCAUCAACGGAGGCAGAAACGUCUAACCCGAGAGUUACAGUGUCCGAGGUCACUUCCAUUGUAGUCAGUCACUAAUACGUCUCAAGCUCUCCUUUCUUUCUGUCCUUCUGUCUUUCUUUCUGUCUUUCUUCUCAGUUUUGGAAGCUAUAAUUGAUAGACAAAACCUCAAUUCUUAAAAUUAUAUUAUUUCUUCCUUAAAGUCCAGUGGGUCGGUGAAUUUGACUCCCUGCCCACUUGAUGAAAUUUGAUGGUGCCUUGGUCAGUUGAAAUGUGACGUGUUAAUGAUCAAUUGAAAAGUUUUCAUUUCACCAGACCAGCAGAGUCUAUUAUAUCGAGAUUUGAUAAAACAAGGAAGAUUUGAUAAGUUGCCUCCUCAAAGAGUUUUUAGAAGUAAAUGGCAACAAAGUGUAUUUCAUCAUAGAUUUAAUACAUUAAAAUACCUCUUAGCACAUUGGUGCAUUAAUAUAUAGUAUAAUAUAUAAUAAACUGUGUUUUUGUUGGUAUAGCAACAUGUUAUUUAUUUAAUGAAGUUGUUUCGAUAAGGAUUUCAGUUCCGCACAUAUCAGGUUUCACACAUGGUUCCUCCAGCGAGGAUCAUCUCCUGCUGACUACAAUGGAAUGAAUCAGAUUGUACACUUUAGCAUAGGUAUGUUUAAUAUAUUCAAAUCGAUGGAAUGCGGGUUAAUAUAUAGAUAGAAAAUAGAGUUUUAAUCUUUAAAUGUCAUGAUCAGAUUUUAAUUUUGCACUUUUAUGUUUUGUUUUACUUUUUUGUUAUUUGGUCGCCUGCAUUUCUCGUCAGAGAUCAUUUUGUACCUUUUUUAAUAUUUGUCUCUGUUUCUCCUGAGUUCAGCUCCGUUCCGGUCGCCUACUUACCGAACCUUCCAUUAUCAUUCCACUUGUCACAGAGUUUGUGAAAUGACAAACAGCGUGUGACCGAUGCCUCAUGAGCUGAGAGGUUUUAAGCUUAUAUAAGAGAUUAGAUAACGUGUUUAUCUCUAUAGCAGGACUGGGAUCGGGUCACCAUAGAUUCACUUAUGUCUGUGCAUAUAAAAGGAAACCCUGUUGAUGAAGGUGAGGGCUGUAGAAAUAAUUUUUGUUCAGUUUUGGAAAAUGAAAUGAGUUUUCUCGGCCAGACACAAACUAGAGUUUAAGUUAUUUUGUUUAAAAUCUACUAAAAGUGAACUACCGCGCAGUUACAUCACAUACGUUGUGCCUCUUGGCCUGUGCCACCACCUCCAGAGGUAGAUGCUGAUCACUGAUACUCUUUUUUUCUUUCAUUUUUCUUAUUUUAAAUACCAAUGUUCCAGUUGCCAUGUGGAUAAUUCUAAACAAUUGCACAUCCACAGAUAUUUGUAACGAAGCGGUGACCAUAUGUCGACUGAAGUUCUGCACUGAUGACGUAUUAACAGCCGAUGCUUGAGUCCUUUAACAGCCACCAGAGUGUGUUUGAUUCAAAAUGCAUCUCUGUGCCUUCAUUUCCCCAUCGCUUGGUUGCAGUCACGCCGUUGUGGGCUGACGUGGUUAUAGUUUAGCACAGAUGAUACAUUGUGAAGUUUUUAAUUUACUGCAUGAAGUAAACCGUCCCUAAAUAUCUUUUUAAAAAACUCAAAUUAGGCGAAGUUAAACCGCUGCAUUCUGCCAUUAGAAAGAAGAGAUAUCUGUUUAAGUUGGGUCACGUGCUUAUAGUUGAUCUGAUUUACAUGAAACACACUGAACCUCAUGAGCCAACAGACAGAGUGAAGGAUGGAAGAAGUACAGAAAAAGAAAAACCGCAGAGUGAUUAAACCAGCAUUAACUUAACUCACCGUGUUCUCCUGCAAUAAACAAACCUCACACACACACAUGACCUUCCCAGCAGCCGCUGCUCAAAGCUCAACCUCACGUCUUUUAAGUAUUUGGAUACUUUGAGAGAAAUGAAACUGAAUCGUGCUUCGAGAGGCCAGAAAGCUCAGGUGAAUCCGGGUUCUGUUGUUUUUUGCCUUCAGCUAACCAACUAACUGACAUGCUAACCGGACCACUGAAAUGUAUUACUGCACAAGUCGCCCCUCCCUCAAUGUGACGUGUCGUUGCUGGGCUGUGACCUGCAAUGUGAAAUUCAAAACAGAUAUAUUCAUGGAUAUUAUUCCCUAUUUGAAUAAUCUAACUAUGGUGGAUAUGUUAAAUGCAUAUUGUUUGUAUGGUUUGUGUAAUUGUUUAUUUUUUUUUGUAAUCUGACCUAUACAUAAAGCCAGUGACUGCAAAUGUUGUGA